AAUUUGCAGCUCUCUUGUCCUCAUCACCAAACCCUAUCAUCGCAUUUCCAAAAAGUAAAAAAAAUAUCCAUCUCCAAUCUUUCAACCAUCAUCGUCGCCUAUAAACCCCUCACGAACCAAGAACCGAGUAGCGAGGCUUUCUUGGUGGCUGCCCGUCCGUGCGUCCAUGUCGAGCCCCGUGCACGCCCGGAAGGCCCUCCACCUAUUCUCCAUGAAGGCCAAGCUGCAGAGCUUCCUCGGCCUCCGCCUCCUCGUCGUGGCCGCCCUCGCCGCCUUCCUCCUCCUCUUCUCCGCGCGCACGCUCUUCUCCACCUCCUCCCCCGGCCCCGCCGCCUCGCACCUGCGCGGCGGCGCGGGCGACGACGGGACGUGCUCCAAGCUGCCGGCGCCGGUGGCCGACGCGCUGGUGCACUACGCGGCAUCGAACGUGACGCCGCAGCAGACGGCGGCGGAGAUCGGGGUGUCGCUGCGCGUCCUGCAGCGCCGCUCGCCCUGCAACUUCCUGGUGUUCGGGCUCGGGCUGGACAGCCCGAUGUGGGCGGCGCUCAACCACGGCGGCCGCACGGUGUUCCUCGAGGAGGACGCGUCGUGGAUCGCCUCCGUCCGCUCCAAGCACCCGGGGCUCGAGUCCUACCACGUCGUGUACGACACCCGCGUCACCGAGGCCGACGACCUCAUGUCCCUCCGGGACCACCCGGGGUGCACCGCGCAGCCGGACCUCGCCGCCGCCGCCGAGGCCUCGUGCCGGCUGGCGCUCCGCGGCCUACCCGCCGCGUUCCACGAGGUGGAGUGGGACCUGGUCAUGGUGGACGCGCCCACGGGGUGGACGCCGGAGGCGCCCGGGAGGAUGGGCGCCAUCUACACCGCCGGCAUGGUGGCGCGCGCGCGGCGGCCCGGAGACGGCGCCACCGACGUGUUCGUGCACGACGUGGACCGGACGGUGGAGGACAGGUUCUCCAAGGCGUUCCUCUGCGACGCGUACCUCGCCGAGCAGGUCGGCCGGAUCAGGCACUUCGUAAUCCCCAGCCACAGGGAGAAGCCCGGCACGCCCUUCUGCCCUCUCAAUUAGUAAUUUUUUUCAUCAUCCACUGUAGCACUUACGUUCAUCAAGCAUACCUCAAGACACAGCAUAUAUAUAUACUGAAGCCCAUAUCAUACAUACACCAUUGGAGGUAAUUAAUUAUGUUAUGUGGCACUUGAUGAAAGCAUAGUCCAGAGAAAAUGAGUGUGAAUUCUUUUAAUCUGCGGAUGCAAACUGCAUGUAUGAGGCAAUCUAUACGUUGUAAUUAUCCACUAUCCUUCAUCACAGUGGUAUCCUGCAAGAUAUUUUAUUUUUUACUACGUGGCUCAUAAUAAUGGCGAUGCAUGUGGAGUGAGGAUAAUGAGAUUUAUUUCUUUGUGGCAAUAAUACCAGCUGUUAAGAA